GCCUUUUCGGGAAACACAAAUGCAGACAAUGUUGUAUUCUAUAAGCUUCAGCAUUCCAUUAAAGCAAGAUUUCUCCGUUUUGUGCCUUUGGACUGGAAUACGAACGGCAGAAUUGGAAUGCGCAUUGAAGUGUAUGGAUGCCCAUACAGGUCCGAGGUGGUUGGCUUUGAUGGGAAAAGUUGCCUAAUUUACACAUUUAAUCAAAACCCUGUGAAUGCACUGAAAGAUGUGAUUUCUCUGAAGUUUAAGACAAUGCAAAGUGAUGGAAUUCUCCUCCACAGAGAAGGAAAAAAUGGAGACCAUAUCAUCCUGGAAUUAAUAAAAGGGAAGCUGUCCCUACUCAUUAAUUUAGGUGAUACUAAAACUCAUCCUUCUAAUGCCCCAAUUAAUAUUACGCUGGGCAGCCUUUUGGAUGACCAACACUGGCAUUCUGUUCUCAUUGAGCACUUUAACAAUCAAGUAAACUUUACAGUGGAUAAACAUAGUCACCAUUUUCAUGCAAAAGGGGAAUUCGGUUAUUUGGACCUUGAUUAUGAGCUCAGCUUUGGAGGGACCCCAGUGCCUGGAAAAUCAGAGACAUUGUCACACAGGAACUUUCAGGGGUGUUUUGAAAAUAUUUAUUAUAACGAAGUGAACAUUAUUGACCUUGCCAGGAGGCAUGAAUCUCAGAUCAACCUUGUGGGCAACGUGUCCUUCUCGUGUUUAGAGCCACAGGUGGUUCCUGUUACAUUUCUGAGCUCCAGUAGUUACCUGGCACUGCCAGGAACAUCAGGGCAAGACAAAGUAUUCAUCAGUUUCCAGUUUCGCACCUGGAACAAGGAGGGACUCCUCUUAGCUAGUAAACUACAUGAAGAUUCAGGUGGCUUCCUCUUAUAUCUGAGUAAUGGGAAAGUUAAAAUCAGUCUUCAUAAACCAGGAAAAGUGCUGGGUGACAUCACUGCAGGUUCUGGAUUAAAUAAUGGCCAGUGGCAUUCUGUGUCCUUCUCUGCCGAAAGGAAUCAUAUCAGUGUAAUAGUGGACAAUGAUGUGACCUCAUCUGCUCAUGCCUCUGUACCUCUGCAAAUUGUUUCAGGAGAUGCUUUCUACUUUGGAGGCUGUCCUAGCACUGGAAACAUUUCUGGAUGUAAUACCUCAUUUGGUGGCUUUCAAGGAUGCAUGCGACUCAUUUCCAUUGGUAACAAAGCAGUGGAUAUGAUCUCAGUUCAGCAAAAUAUUUUUGGCAAUUUCAGUGACCUUCAGAUAGAUUUAUGUGGCAUUAUAGACAGGUGUUUGCCUAAUUACUGUGAACAUGGUGGUGAAUGCUCACAGUCCUGGAACAGCUUCUACUGCAACUGUGCCAAUACUGGUUACAAAGGAGCUACUUGCCACUAUUCCAUCUAUGAGCAAUCAUGUGAAGCCUAUAAGCACAGAGGGAACACUUCAGGCUUUUACAAUAUUGAUUCAGACGGAAGUGGCCCUUUGGGACCGUUUCUUGUAUACUGUAACAUGACAGAUACAACGUGGACUAUUAUACAGCAUAACAACACCAACCUAACCAGAGUCAAAAGUGCUAAUCGAGAGAACCCCCACACUAUGUUUUUCAAGUACGCCGCCAGCCUAGACCAGCUCCAGGCUACAAUUAACCAUUCAGAGCACUGUGAACAGGAGCUUUCUUACCACUGCAAAAAGUCAAGGCUUUUAGAUAAGCCAGAUGGGAUGCCACUGAGCUGGUGGAUUGGAAGAACCAAUGAAACACAGACUUACUGGGGAGGUUCCUUGCCUGCUGUACAAAAAUGUGGUUGUGGAUUAGAAAGGAGCUGCAUUGAUUCCCAGUAUUACUGCAACUGUGAUGCUGACAGAGAUGAAUGGUGA